AUGAGCCAAGAGCGAGAUGCGGCCGAGACGUGGGACUUGAAGUGGAUGGCAGCGGUCCUACAGAGCUCGGAAGCGUAUGAAGCAGCGCUCGAGACGGCAGAGUUUCCUGGCUUACUGUUGACAGCGCUGGAGGAGCUGUUGAAGGCUCCAGAGGCUAAUGCAGCGCAGCUACAAGAGCUGUUUGACAUUUUGCUGCAGAUGAUUGAGUUCCCCAUUGACUCGGAGCUGCACCCGGACACUGUGACGUUACUGCACUCAUCCCGAAACUGGGCGAUCCAGACGCUACUAGACGUCGAAGUAGGCCAAGCAAGAGUCAUGGAUGAAGCUCUACUGCACUCCCCAACGACGAUGCCCAAGUGUUUGCAGCACAUGCAGUCCACUCUAUUCGUAUCGGCGCCUUGCCGAAGUGCAGAUGUAGAAAUGGAACUGAUUGAGUCGAUGCUCGUGGCACUGGAAGACGAAGCAGAUAGCGACACGAUCUCCGAUGUCUUGGAAAUGUGCGCGGCAAGUUUACAGAAUGACUCGGGCUUCCUGGAGUUCGCGGAGACGGCGUUGUCAGGAAAGUCUGAAUCGUUGAAACUGGGCAGUGGUUUCCUCAAACGAUUGUAUGAUCGGAUACCUAGACAGCUGCGCGCAGACGAGGGAAUAGUCGAGCAUGAUGUGCGGCGUGGACGGCGAUUGUUCGACGCACUAACUCUCGAAAGCAGAGUCCGUGUGUGGGCGAACCACCUCCCUAGUUGGCGGACACAGUUGCAGACUUGGAUGUUAGCAGCGCAUCGAUCGCCACUCGAGCCCAUUAGCUCUGUUGUACGUGACAGAUGGUGGUCUCAGGAUGACUCAAGUACAGAUGGCAUUUUCGUGACGUGCCGGCGCCAUUCGCACUUGUACGUCACAUUCAUUGAGUGGUGCAGAUGUCAUGUGCAUCUGCUGUCAUCGUGCCGUGGCAUGGAGUUAGUGAGUAUGGUAUCUCAGAGCACUCGACCAGAAAACUCAGCACGUCUCUUCGGUCGCCAACUACUGAGCCACGUGCCGCUGGACGGUUGGUCAUUGGGGAGCUGGUCGUGUGACCAGCGACAACAAGCGUUCACCACGAUACAGAUGAAUCUCGAGCGUCUACAAAAGUCGUGCAGUACGUCAGACGUUGUGUGGCAAUACGAGUGGAUCGGAAUACUGGAACGGUCUCACCUGCUUCAUGAAGCGCUGGAGCUUACGUUUCAAAGUGGCACGGACAGCAAUAAGAUUCACAUGAACAACGGGGACCAAUGUGCAGCUCAGAGCUCUGUAAAGUUCUUCAGCUGGUUUCACUCAUUCCAUACACCAGAAUCUGCUGAUGAAAUCGCUUCGCUGCUUCUGAUGCUGUCGUCGAAGCUCAAGGUGCCGGAAAUGUGCAGUGGCGCGCAAUGGCUGAGGCGAAGUCGCGCUGACUUUGGGUCCCUUCCCAUUCUACGUCUUCGUCUUGUGUGGUUUUGGCUGUUGAAAAGCAUUGAUGAUCACUUGCAUGCGCGUACGGUCAUGUGUGACGAUCGCGCUGUUACAUUGGCCACAACCGAUGUGCUCGAGUCCAUCGAGUAUGUCUUUCGGCGCUUUACGCCGCAAAGAGCUAAACGGCCGUUCCAAGUAGAACUUGUCACGCAACUACUCGUUGAGCUCGAGUGGCGGGUAACAAACACACGAUGCGAGACAAAGAGCAAGAUUUGGGGCGUGAUUGAGCCUGUGCGGGUUUGGCUGGCAAAGGUCGUGAGCUUGAUGCAGCUCGAAGAGCAAGCUGUGCAUCAGAAAGACAACAGAAUGGGCUACGGCAGCCGCAGGAACGCGGCAAACGACGUGGAGCACUUGGCUACUCGCCUGGAGCAGUUGCUUUGUUAA